AAGACCUCCCCUUCCAAUGCCUGGUCACCUGGAGCCUUUAAAAAGCACCUCAAAGGCACCCAGUUACAGGAGAUCUCUUAACUGGGAGAUUUUACCCUCUGAAACCAUGCCGGUGUCAGAUGAGACCUUUGCUCUGGUGGCCCCGGCCACCAUGCCCCAGAAGCCCUGUCAGACAGACUUCCAGCUGGUGCGAGUCAAGAACACGUGGUUCCGCAUCAAGAAAGGAGAAGCUCUUUCUGACUGCAAGGAUGAGAUAACUCUCUCUGAAGCAAAAAUUGGUGAAAGUGUCUCUGAAGGUGGAAUUUCUUGGACAAUUGAAGCUCCCAUCUAUUUUUGCUACAAAGUGGUAGAAACAUACAAUAUUCUGGAUCCUUCUAACACUACUCUGCUUUGGGGCCACAUCACUGAUCCCCAGCAACUAGAGCUAGCCACUAGUGGCAAAAGGAAGUUGAGGCGCUUUAUUGUCAUAGAUGAAGUUGUUGAUGAACUUUAUGGCUCCAAAGUCAGAGAGUACUUUGAAGAGAAUAACGUUCAGCACAAAAUCCUCGCCCUGCCUACCACUGAGGAAACGAAAUCCAUGGACCUGGUCUUGAACAUCCUACAAGAAGUCCAGAGCUUCAGCAUCGACAGGCGAACUGAGCCCAUCAUUGCCAUCGGAGGCGGCGUCUGCCUGGACAUCGUAGGACUAGCUGCAUCGCUCUAUAGAAGACGUACCCCUUACAUUCGGAUCCCAACAACCCUCCUCUCUUAUGUUGAUGCCAGCGUGGGGGCGAAGAAUGGGGUGAACUUCCUGCAGUGUAAGAACAAGCUUGGGGGCUACACGCCCCCCGUAGCUAGUUUCCUGGAUAGAUCCUUCAUUCAGAGCAUCCCUCGGCGACACAUCUCCAAUGGCCUUGGUGAAAUUUUAAAGAUGGCACUCAUGAAACACAAAGGGCUGUUUGACCUGCUCAAGAGUCAUGGGAAAUAUCUGCUGGACACCAAGUUCCAGUCUUAUAGUGGCUCUGCUGACCAUGGGGACGCUGCACUGCAGACUACCAGGAUUGCCAUUGAAACCAUGUUGGAAGAGCUGGCUCCCAACCUCUGGGAGGAUGACCUGGACAGACUGGUUGAUUUUGGUCACCUUAUAAGCCCAGAGCUGGAAAUGAGGGUUUUGCCAUCACUGAUGCAUGGAGAAGCAGUGAACAUUGACAUGGCAUUCAUGACAUACGUUGCCUAUGCACGGGGGCUCAUCACUGCCGAGGAGAAAGAGCAGAUCAUCCAGUGCAUGAGGGGCCUGGAGCUGCCUGUCUGGCACAGGGGCUGCAGCUGGGCCCUCAUUAAAAGAGCUCUGAUGGAACGCCUGAAACACAGCGGGGGACAGACCCGGAUGCCACUCCCCACCGGCCUCGGCGUUGCAGAGAUAUUCAAUGACACUAAUGAAGAGACUCUGGAAAGAGCAUACAAGCUGUGGGUCAGAGACUGCAGGACGGUGCUGGAAGAAGAACCAGCUGCCUUCUGAGAGCUGCAACCCUGGCUGAAGGUCCUUCCCCAGGUGUGGAGCUGUUCGACGUUGUGAGUGGGCAGGACUGAGUUUUAAAUGAGAUAACUGUAGCACCCGUGAAACCAUGUACAGCCCAGAGCUGUGAGGAACAAGAACAAUAUUGGUAUCUGACCUGAUUUACCUCUUUUGAUUGCUCUUGAAUUUGUUAGUGCUCAGGAAGUGAUUGCUCAGAAGUAAAACCUCCAAGUGUCCAUAGUGUAGUUUGUAGCAAGCUGUCUCCUUUGGGGGAAAGUGGGUGGCAUUUAUUCAUUAAUUUGAUUAAGCCCAACGGGGGGACAGCCAUGGCCUUGCACAGCGCUAUCCCUCAACUGCUUGUAGCUGGACCGCUGAAAUCAAUAGGUGUAUCUGGCUCACAGACCAUGUAAAAGAAGUGGAGCAUCUUGAUGGCACCAUGCAAAAUCUCCAUGCUAUAUAAAAUAUUUGAAAUGGGUUAUCUCCAUCACUGGUUUUCACAUUCUGAGUUGUUCUUGUUUUUCAAGCUCAUUCAAACUAGCAAAAAAAGAACCUCAGCUGCCAGCCUUUGCUCCCAGUGUAAGGAAACAACACACCCCGAUUAUAGACACUGCCGUACAGCCACAGACCAGCAGAUACCACUGCUGUGAAGCACGAUGGAAGCUGUAUCUUGACAGCAUGGCAGUCCUAUGUUUUGGGACUCUUAGAUUUUGAGGAUAUAUUGAGAUAUAUUUUGUUGCCAAAAUGUAUAGUGGUGGUUUUACUGUGUAAUCCCUGCAAGCCACCAGUGUGACAAAGACGAUACUAUUUGCAUCAGUGUGUUCUAUGAACAAAGCUGAGCUCCAGGCAGCUCCUGGGUAACCCCAUGGAGCAUCUACCAGGGGCUUCCUGUCAGAUGCUGACCACAAAAACACGUAAAGACAAUGUCAGCCUUCCCCAUGGAGGAUGAAUCAAAGGAAUCACAAUCAACAAACAGCUUUUGAAUUAUUUACAGCAUUAUUAUAUUUUUUUUUCUUAUGUCAUACCAGUUUGUGCUGAUGUGCUGGCUUCGAUUUUGCUGAAGUAAUAAAAGCUAUUAAAACCAGAAAA